AUGCCAUCAUCCCCCCUUGAGCCUGGGCAAUUCCCAGAACCAGCAGAUCUCGAAGAACAGCUCUUCCACGAGUAUCUCCAACAACGGGUGUGCCGGCGGUCCCUGAUCAAUCGGGAGUUUAAUGGUAGGGUCAGCCAGGGGUGUUUUCAGCAUGAGAAGGCCUGUGACCUCUGUCAGGUCAGGCAGGAGGAGCUUCACAUGGUCUCUGCUAGGGCUAGGGAGGCCCUUGGGGAUGGGGAAGGCCUCAGGCUGAAGCUGAAGGCAUACAUUAAGUUUUUUGAGUAUGGUAUCUGCCUCUAUUGCUUUCUGAUGACCCAAAUAAACCCAUCCCAGCCAGGAAUGGAUUAUCAUCACCAUCAUCAGCAAUGUACUCAUGCCCAAUCUCUAAUUUCCAGCUUCAACAAGCAUCGCCACCAGUUCCACUUUGAGCCUCAUGGGGGAUGCUUUCUCUGCCUACUUCCUACCAGAGCCUGUGGAAAUAGCACUAGAGAUGGAGAUCAAUGCUUUUUUCCCCCUGGAGUUCUUCUUGUCUGGUUUAUACUGAUUAUAGCUUAUCCUGAUGUGAUGACCCAUCUUCAGCAAGAAGGCUUCAUUCAUGAAAAACCCCCUCAUGAAAAGGCAAUUGCCAAUCUCCUUUUUAGUGUUGAGAGGGAUCCUUUUCAGACAGAGGCAUUUAUGGGGGUGAUCUAUUUCUUUGAAUGGUGUGAAAAGCAUGUUCAACUACCUUAGAGCUGAUAUUUUAGAUCUAGCAUGAUCAUCUUAUUUUCUUUAGCUAAGUUGUCACUAUCCUUGUCAUCCCUUAAUAUUUUAUUUUAAUCUAUAUCUUCUAUCUUUUAUUAUACUAUAGCAGUGCUAGAAUAGAACUU